CGCUUGCCAGUAAGAGCUACUGGUGGUCAGGGGGCUGCGAAUCUUAUCUGAUUUUCCAGAAAGGGGUUUGGAGCUGGACUACAGAGGCAGGGACAAUAACAGGAAGCGGCCAGAGGAACUGCUGGGCUGGGCUGGUCACUUUUGCCACUGGAGGGGCCUGAUUAUCCAGUGAGCAGCUCUGUGGGAGUUUAGACAGGUUCACAUGCAGCUGGAAACAGACACCGCUGACCUGAAACUGAGGAUAUAAAACGAUUCAUUUACUUUUCGAAUUGAGGAAGACUCCUGAAGAGACCCUGAUGAUGAAACAGUCUUCCUGCAGGCAGAUGACUGAGCCUGGAUUCUGGGCAGGUGUCCUGGUCAUUUUUUGUACCCUCAGCAUGGGAGCUGAUGUCCACCAAACUCUGAAAACACCAUCCAUGCCAAGCAGAGUGCUUCAAAGACAUAAGAGAGACUGGAAAUGGGAUAAACUUUUUGUGUAUGAGGAAAUGCUUCCAAAAAACCCACCUGAAAAAAUUGGAAAGCUAGAGAAUACAUUUUUCACUAAAAGCUCAAGAUUUAUUCUCUCAGGAGAAGGUGCUAACGACAUGUUUACUGUAAAUGAAUAUGGGGAUAUCAUUGUCAAUGCAAUGUUGGACCGGGAGAAGAAAAGUGUCUACAAACUGUCAGCUUCACUCAUCGACAGUAAGAGCGGAAAACCGCUUGACAAAGAUGAUACAUUUAUAGUAGUGGUCCAGGAUAUUAAUGACAAUAGCCCUGUUUUUCCACCUGACCUCUCUGGAUCCAUCAGCGAGUCUUCAAAAGCAGGAACAAUAGUAAUGACGGUAAAUGCAACUGAUGCUGAUGAUGGCAGCACUCCAAAUGGAAGGAUUGAGUACAAACUGCUAAAUGGGACAGAUCUCUUCAACAUCAACAAUGAAAAUGAUGUAGGUGUAAUCAGAACAUUGAAAAGUAGUCUUGACCGUGAGAAACAGAGUCAGUAUAUAAUUGCCAUAAAAGCCAAAGACAUGCCAGGAAUGGAGAAUGGGAAUUCUGCUACUACCACUGUGACCAUUAACAUUAAUGAUGUAAAUGACAACAUUGCCACCUUCAAGAAAGGAAAAUACCAAUUUAAUGUAAAAGAGGACAGCAAACUGGGAACUGAAAUUGGCGUAUUAGGAGUGGAGGACAAAGAUGAGAUACAAAACAAAAAUCCAAAAUUUACUAUACAAAAUGAAUUUGAUAAAGUUUUUGACAUUAAACUAAAUAAUGAAAAAGAUGGAAUUCUUAGCCUCAAAGUGCCACUGGAUUAUGAAACGAAUAGUAUGUACAAAUUUUAUGUAAACGUGGACGAGCACACAGAGUCUAAAUCACCAGAUAACCAAGGACCCAACCUGCAGAAGAAAGCCGAAGUUUCAAUCCAUGUAAUUGAUGUUGAUGAACCACCUGUUUUCAGCAAAACUGAAUACAACUUCAACAUCUCCGAGGGCCCAUUCAGUAGUCCAAACAUUGGAGCCGUUUCAGCAAAGGAUCCAGAUAACACUGGUUACAAAAUACGGUACUCUAUUGAAGAUGCAAACUGUCCUGUAGCUGUGGAUCCUGUACAAGGUCAUCUGUCCUUAAAGAGACAACUGGACAGAGAGCAACAGUCAUUGCACACAUUCAAGGUUACAGCACAUGAGGAUGUACCAAAUGGUCUAAAGUCCUAUGCGCUGGUUAACCUGAAGGUGCUUGACAUUAAUGACAACGCACCAGAACUAAUUAAUGGGAACCUGCAUGUUUGUGAGAAUGAUAUAGCAGGAACAAUCAUUGGGACUGUGGGAGCCCACGACAAGGAUGAAAGUUCGAAAAGGUUCCGUUUCACUCUGGCAAAAAAGAGCUCAAACUUUUCCCUUCAUGACAAUGAAAAUAACACUGCGAGCAUAGAGCUGAAGCAAGGCGGUUUCAGUACUGAACGCUCAAUGAAAUAUGUGCUGGAAAUUGAAAUCAGUGACGGAGGUACACCAGAACAGAAGAGCAUUAACCUCGUCCAGAUUAAAGUGUGCACGUGCCAGACAGGACGACGGAUCGAGUACUGCAGGGCCUACGCCCAGACCGGAGUGAGCGUCAGUGCCCUCUUAGCCAUUCUUCUCUGCAUCAUCACCAUCCUGGUCAUUGUCAUCCUCAUCGUGUUGCGAAGGCGCUAUCAAAAAGAAGUUUUGAUUGCCAAGUCUUCUGGUGAGAUCCACGAGCAGCUGGUGACAUAUGAUGAGGAAGGCGGUGGAGAAAUGGACACAAACGGUUAUGACGUUUCCAUCCUGUCCUCUGCUUGUCACGACAGCAGCUUUCGGCCCGGCACGGGGCCUUCGCUGUACGCUGUGGUGAAGAAACCUCCUGCUUGUAAGGGAGACAUGGGCAUGAUGAUCGAGGUGAAGAAGGAUGAGGCCGACCAUGACCGUGAUGGGAUUCCCUAUGAUACUUUACACAUCUACGGCUAUGAGGGCUCUGAAUCCCUGGCUGGUUCCCUCAGCUCUUUGGACUCAUCCUCCAGCGGGUCCAAUCUAGACUACGACUUCUUGCAUGAGUGGGGACCUCGUUUCAGGACUCUGGCUCAGCUCUAUGGAGUAGACGGCUCGGACACUGAUAGCUCCGACUGAUCCUACUGAAAUCCAGGGAUAUCGGGUAGUUAUCGUCCAAGCAGAAAACAUCAGCAUGAUGGAGACUGCUGUCUUCUCUUCAUGGGAUUUUUUUGUAAGGGUCCCUUUAAGAAAGGGAUUAACAAGUGCCAAUACUUAUUUCCUUCAUGCAUUGUUAUGACAUUAUGAUGAGCACUACUGCAUUUGUAAUUUUCAUAGAAUAAGUGUGUGUUAGUAAAAAAAAACUUGCCUUGGUUUUUCAGAUUGUUUUUUGUCCAGGUGGAUUUUAUAUAAAACAGCAUUGGACACUGGUUGGACAAACUCUUCUUUUUAGGUUAGUUUAACAACAAAUCUGAUCUCAUUUUAACACAGAAUAUAAUGUGUACAUUUUGUGUAGGUUUUUUUCUUUUCUUUUCUUUUCUUUUCUUUAUGCUGAUAUUGUAUUACUUAACUCAGUCUCUUGACAAAACAUAAUUAUUUUACAUUUUGGUGACUUUGUACAAAAAAUGUUACCCACCCCUAAAACUGAAAACAUACAAAUGAGAUUAUACAAAUAAUAUGAAUUUGCACCCAAAUUUAAAAGUUAGAAGUAGCAAUGAGAUUGUGUGUUCUUAAUUUUUUUUUUUUUUUUUUGCAUCUUGUAUUCCUGUAAAAAUCCCCAGUUUGCCUGUUUAUACAAGUGUUUUCUGGACUCAUGGUCAGUGUAAUUGCAGAGCCAGCAUUGUUCAGCAGACUCUUCUCAUCAGGAAACUACUGUAUUGCCAUGGGAGCAACAAAGGAAAUUGUGAUAACUAUACUUUGAAAGAAUUAAAGGCUACUCCAAGUUUAUUUGACAGAAAUCAUCAGCACAUCGAUUGUUAUGAGUAAAGCCCAAAUCUCAAAGGUCGACCAAUAUAAGGCAAUUGCAGACGUCUCAGGAAACAUGCAGUGAGUUUUGUGCCUGUUGAAAUGUGAAAAGUGGUCUGAAUAACUGUAUCACCAUGUAAAUCAUAAAUGUGGCUUUACAUGUCAAUGUUAACUUGAAAUUUGAAAUUUAACAAGUUAAGUUGUUAAAUAUAUAACAGACUUAAAUAAGAAAAAAGCAAAACUGAACUUGUUAAAUAAUAUUUUGAUGAUAGUUAAAACAAAAUGUAGCAUGCCAGGCAGUGUCUUGACAAUAUUUUUAUCCUUCGUUCCAGACUAAAUAGACAAGUGGGUCUCCUUUUAUUAAAAAAUGUGUAAACCAGCUUUAUAACAUAAAUAUUUACCACUGUGCACAAACUCUACCCUAUUUCCCCCAUUAACCAUGGGCACAAUAUGUGGAAGCCACCUUCUCCCUUUCCUGUAGGGAAUUACACGCCAAGCACUCUUCUCUCGUCUCAUUUAAAAUGAGCAGCUCCGUCACUGAAAUGUCAACUUCCUGUCUGUGUGAGCACAGGGAAACGCACGUCCUGUUCUCUUAUCUUUCAAGUGAAGAAACAGAUUGAAACUGUUUUCCUGUUUUCUUGUCUUGAAAGGAUAAAGAAAGAAAACUUAGGAGAGCAGGAAAAUGUUAAAGAACAACAUAAAUCACGCCGUCUUGGUCACAAAGACAUUGUUGCAUUGUUCUUCAAGAGAUACAGUGCUGCUUUUGAAAUUUGUUUGUUUGUUUGUUUGUUUUUGUUUUUAACCAUAUAAUUGAAUUAGUCUGUUUUCAUCUUUUUCUUAAAUUAUUUUAGGGAAAUGUCUCAUUAUUCUAAUGUGUUCAGCCACUAGAGUAUGUAACUGCUGGGCAAAGACUGUUACAGUAAAAGAAAAUCAGAUAGACUGCACAUCUUUUCAUCAUGGAAAUCAUAUUUCUCAAGUAAAACUGUGUUGAAGAAAAACUGGAAACAUUAACUAAAAUGGCCUUCAGUUAAUAUGUGAUUGUGCAUUAUUGUUAUCAUAUUUCCUGUAUGUAUGAUUUGAAUUAGUGGUUAUUGACAUUAUGGCCAGUUUAAAGUAUAGUGUGUUAUAUGAACGUUUUUCUUAAUGAACAAAUGUGUCUGAGAUUUGUUGGGAAGGUCCAGUAGAUGUCAGUGUUGGGCAGUCAGACUAAACAUUUCAGUAUGUGGCUCUAGUGUGUGUUAAGAGGGACAAAAAUAUGUGCCUUUCUGUUAAAAAUAUUAUUUUUUUCUCUCUCUCUUUUGAAACUGCCAAUUUUGUAUUUGAAUAAUAAACUUCAUAUUCUAUACAAAAAAA